AUGAUGCCAUUACAACCUAACUAUCUUACUCCUUAUGCCAUCAUCUUCAUCUUUUUCAUCUCAUCUGUCGAUUGUAGAAGCACUGCAUGCAACAAACUGGAUCAAGAUUCUCUAUGGUCCUCUUUCAACAUGCCCUCUUCUCCUUUAAACUGGUCGUCGGAUGAUUGCUGUCAAUGGGAGGGCAUCACUUGUGAUAUGAGUGGUCGGGUGGCCCGUGUAUCGUUGCCCUCCAAAGGCCUCAAAGGAUAUAUACUUUCCUCUUCAUCACUACGAAAUCUCACACAUCUCACCCACCUGAAUCUCUCCCACAAUUCACUUACUGGUUCACUAGAUCAAACUGGUUUCUUCUUGUCAUUGAGUCAUCUUGAAAUCCUAGAUUUGAGCUACAACUUUCUUUCUGGAGAGCUACCAUCUUCUCUAUCAUCUGUUAAUAUUCGGAUGCUUGAUUUGUCCAGCAAUCACUUCCAUGGUGCAAUUCCAUCUUCAUUCUUCCAACAAGCUUGGAACUUGACUAGUUUUAACGUCAGCAAUAAUAUGUUCACCGGGUCUAUCCCAUCCUCUAUUUGUACCCGUUCUUAUCCCUUGAUUAGGCUACUGGAUUUUUCGUUCAAUAAAUUCAAUGGCAGUAUUUCUGGUGGAAUAGGGGAAUGUUCCAAGCUAGAAGUUCUUCGUGCUGGUUACAAUAAUCUCUCGGGAAUACUUCCCGAUGAUAUCUACUCUGCUUCAGCACUUGAAGAAAUUGUAUUACCUCACAAUUCAAUCUACGGAUUCAUAAGCGAAAGAGUUGUCAACCUCACCAACCUCAGAAUCCUUGACCUCUACUCUAACGAGUUGAGUGGUGCCCUCCCUACAAGUAUUGGUAAGCUAUCGAAAUUGCAAUUCAUGCUCCUUCAUUUCAACAAUCUAGAAGGUUAUCUACCUCCAUCUUUGAUGAAUUGCACGAGCAUUGUAGAACUACAUCUAGGAAGUAACCAUUUGGAAGGAAAUAUCUCUACCCUAAAUUUCUCCAAACUUGGUCAACUUACUAAACUUGAUCUUUGGAUGAAUUACUUCACUGGUAUCUUGCCACUUAGCCUUUACUCCUGCAAGUCCUUGAAAGCAAUUAGAUUGAGCAGAAAUGACCUUCAAGGACAAAUACAACCUGAGAUUCGUUCAUUGAAACUUUUGUCCUUCCUGUCACUCGGUUAUACCAGAUUGACCAAUGUCACAGGGGCACUACAGAUACUGAUGGGUUGCAAAAGGCUCAGGGCACUCUUACUCUCAUCAAGUUUUCAUCUAGCAGAAAAAUUGCCAGCUGACUAUGGUAUGGUUGAUUUUGCCGGAUUCCAAAAUCUGCAAUUUUUGGAUUUGAGUAACUGUGAGCUCAUGGGACAGAUACCUAUAUGGUUAUCUAAGCUCAAGAAACUAGAGGUUUUGGAACUCAGUUCUAAUAGAAUCACAGGAUCCAUUCCUAGUUGGUUGGGGAAUCUUCCAAGGCUCUUUUUUCUGAAUUUGGGAUCCAACCUACUUUCAGGUGAAUUUCCAAAGGAAAUCUGUAGACUACCGUCAUUGGUUUCUGAUCAAUCUACGGAUCAAGUAGACGAUUAUCUUGAACUGCCCAUCUAUGGAUCCAAAGAUGCAAUAAUUUUGCAGUACACAUUGUCUUACUUCCCCCGAGCGAUUGACAUAAAGAACAAUACCUUUACUGGGAGUAUACCUGUUGAGAUUGGUGAACUGCAGCUUCUCCAUAUUUUGCAUCUUAGUGGAAACAACUUCUCCGGCAGCAUUCCAGAGGAAAUAUCCAACCUUAAGAACUUGGAAGAAUUGGAUCUUUCCAUGAAUCAUUUCUCUGGAACUAUCCCACAGUUAUUGGCAGCCCUUACUUUCUUGAAAUCUUUCAAUGCCUCAUACAAUGAUUUUGAAGGACAGAUACCAAUUGGUACUCAGCUCCAAAGCUUCAGUGCCUCUGCAUUUGAGGGGAACCCGAAACUUUGUGGUGCUCCACUUCCAAAUCACUGCCUACCGAUUAAUGACAAUGAUGCAGAUAAGAACAGCCAAUAUAUGGAAAGUGAGCAAAAAUUUGACUGGUUUCAUAUAUCUGUGGCACUUGGGUUCAUCACAGGAUUUCUGGGAGUCUUUGGCCCUUUGUAUAACCAGGCAUGGAGGUAUGCAUAUUUCAAUUUCCUAGACAAUCUAUGGAAUAGACUUUAUGAUCACAGUUUGUACUGCUAA